UUUUGGCCCCGCCUUGUCUGUAAUCUCUGAGCUCUGAUUGGUCCGUGGUGGACGAAUACAGAAAUCGGAGAGGUGCUUUGAUGUGGAGAAGAAGGAGCCGCAGUGUGCCUGCGCGGAGAGGCCAAAACACACCAUGUCCAUUACCAAGCAUGUGAGGACGGGCCGCCGAUGAUGCUAGCUCUACCAUGGGCAGUGUCACGCUCCGCUACUUCUGCUAUGGCUGCCUCUUCACGUCGCUGACGUGGUCCGUCCUGCUCUUCCUCUACUUCAGCCUGAGUCAGGAGAGCCGCCUGUCCUCCAGCCAUGUGCCCAUCCAGGGGGCGCAGCACCGCUUCCAGCCGCGCUUCACUCGCCGCCCCGCCCCGCCCAACAGAGCGCACGGACACGACGGUCGCCGCGGCGACCUCUCACCCGAGAUGGGAAUGAUUUACAAUGAGAAGGAUCAGGAAGUGAGGGAUACAGGCUACCACAGACACGCCUUCAAUGUCCUCAUCAGCAACAGGAUCGGAUACCACAGAGACCUGCCUGAUACCAGGAAUGAAAAGUGUAAAGGGAAGACGUAUCCGUUAGCGUUACAGACGGCCAGCGUGGUGAUCUGCUUCUUUAACGAGGCGUUCUCGGCCCUGCUCAGGACAGUGCACAGCGUCCUGGAUCGAACGCCCAGUUACCUCCUGCACGAGAUCAUCCUGGUGGACGACAACAGCGAGCUAGAUGACCUGAAACAGGAUCUGGAUGUAUACAUACAAACUAACCUGCCAGACAAAGUGAAGUUGGUGCGCAAUAAGAGGAGAGAAGGACUGAUCAGGGGGAGGAUGAUCGGAGCCUCACAUGCUACAGGUGAGGUCUUGGUGUUCCUGGACAGUCACUGUGAGGUGAACGAGGCGUGGCUGCAGCCGUUGCUGAGCCCGAUCAAAGAGAACCGCCGCACGGUGGUGUGUCCAGUCAUCGACAUCAUCAGCGCGGACACGCUGCUCUACAGCCCCUCUCCCAUCGUCAGGGGGGGCUUUAACUGGGGGCUGCACUUUAAAUGGGACCCUGUUCCUGUAUCGGAGCUCAACAACCCCAGCGGAGCCAUCAGGUCUCCUACGAUGGCCGGGGGUCUGUUCGCAAUGGACAGAGAAUACUUCAACGAGCUCGGACAGUACGACAGCGGCAUGGACAUCUGGGGCGGAGAAAACCUAGAGAUCUCAUUCAGAAUCUGGAUGUGUGGAGGUCAGCUCCUGAUCAUGCCCUGCUCGAGAGUGGGCCACAUUUUCCGUAAGCGUCGGCCGUACGGCUCACCCGGAGGACAGGACACGAUGGCGCGGAAUUCCUUGCGUCUGGCCCACGUCUGGAUGGAUGAGUACAAGGAGCAGUACUUUGCCCUGCGUCCUGAGCUCAGGAACCGUGACUUUGGGGACAUCAGUGACCGUCUGGCCGUGCGCGAGCGCCUGCAGUGUCACUCCUUUAAGUGGUAUCUAGAUCAUGUUUACCCAGAAAUGCAGCUGUCUUCACCUCAGAAUAAAGCACAGCCACCUGUCUUCUUUAACCGCGGCGUCAAAAGGCCCAAAGUGCUGCAGCGUGGCCGGCUGCGUAAUCUGCUGGCCGAGAAGUGUCUGGUGGCUCAAGGGCGUCCCAGCCAGAAGGGCGGCACUGUCGUGGUGAGACCCUGCGAUUCUCAGGACCCUGAACAGGAGUGGGCGUAUGAUGAGGAACAUGAGCUGAUCCUGGCCGGGUUGCUGUGUUUGGACAUGUCAGAGAUCCGCUCGGCUGAUCCUCCUCGCCUCAUGAAGUGUCACGGCUCGGGCGGCUCUCAGCAGUGGAGUCUCGGGAAGAAUAAUCGUCUGUACCAGGUGUCUGUCGGUCAGUGUCUGGCCGUCCUCGACCCGCUCAGCCAUAAGGGUUACGUUGCCAUGGCGAUCUGCGAUGGCUCCGAGGGCCAGCAGUGGCAGCUAGAGGGAUGAUGAAGCUCGGCAAGGCUCUGACCCCACACACACACACACACACACACACACACACACACACACACACACACACACACACACACUUCGCCCCCUGCAGCCUGUGGAGUGAACUAAAGGCUGAUAAAUGGCAGAAAAAUGGACCAAUAAGCACGCAGCACGUAUUCUGUUGUCAGUAUGGCUGACGGAGCGGGUUAGCGUUGUUUCUGUACUAGCCGUGUGGCUUUCUGAUCCGCCGUCACGGCGAUAAUCACGUCACUGAGCUCGUAUAGUGAAGUGUUCGCUCUUUAGAGACGUCUCUCUUUUUUUUUUCAGUAUUCUACAACUUCAGUGGAAGUCCUUUUUUAAUUUAUAAUUUCAAGCAGCUUGUUGAAAUCUUAACCUGUUUGCACAGUGAUUUUUGCAGAGACAAUUCAGAAAUGUAAAAUGUAAAUUUAGAUGUUAUGGAAGUGUAUCGACUUUUAGAUUUGUGUACUUUGAUAUUAAUUUGUAAUUAUGUUGAGCGUGGCAUUUUGCUUCAAGGUUCAUUUUCUUUAGAGAAAAGAAGAACGUGUAACAGCAGUGUUAAACAUCUCAGUCGUGUUUCAUUUGACUUUCUUUUAUCUUACUGCACUACAGAAUUACUCUUCAGUUCAUGAUGUGCUUAUAGAAAUUAAUCAAGAUAAAAAGAAAUAUAAUGCAGACUAGGCUUGUGCGAUAUUGAUUUUUCCUGCUCACAGUUUACAGUAACAAAAACUCAUGACUCACAGAACCACAGGCAUAAAACACACAAGAAAAAGAGCAUUUCCACGGGUUCACGUUUAAGGCACGUAUAAUAAUAAUAAUAAUAAUAAUAAUAAUAAUAAUAAUAAUAUUAGCAGCUGUGCAGUUGGGAAUUGUGGAAUCCUGAAAACUCAGUGGUGAAUUUUUAGAAAAUUUAAAAAAUUUUUAGAUUAAAAAAAAUACAUUUCCGAUCAAUAAAAUCGCUUGUGUAAUGUCCAAAUGGCUGACAUUUUCUCCAUUGUUCUGUGUGUUUGAACCAAAAAAAAAAAAAAAAACAGCAUUUAAUCACUUUCUAGUGUUCAUUGCCAUUAACGUUAUUUGUAAAAUAUUAGAUUUGACAUGUUGUUGUAGGAAUAUUAUUUUAGGUCAAAAAUUUUCCGCCUUUUUCUGCUGUAUUUCACUGAUAUUAGCUAUAUAAUCUUGUCUAAUAUUAGCUAAGUCAAACACACAGUGAUGGAUUUUAUUUCAUGUUAAUCAACUCUAAACAGUCUUUAUUUACCGUGACAGAAAGCAUGUAAGAUGGUGUAAUGAACAAAGUUCAGUACACCUUCAUGAAUCAUUCCAGAUUCAUAUGCUAAUUGUCUCGUCUCCUGGUUUAUUGUGGAGAAAAAGCCCUUUUGGCGUAUUUUUGAGUGAUCGCUCGUACUAACGUAACUUGAGGACAGAAUCACAGACUGCGUAAAAGUUGGCAAUAUAAUAUAAUCAGCAUAAACCUUACUGAAUAUCGUGGGAAAGUGUAAAAUCAUGUAGGGACGAUUAAAUCGUUAUCGCACAAGCCUACCAUAGACACAGCCCUUUAAGUUGAAAGGACGGAUCAAGACAGCAGUGAAGUAUGAAGUAGAGGUGUGUAUCAGGACUGAGGGGGAAAAGUCAUGUCGAUGGACGUAAGUUUAGACGUGGUGGAGUGCUUGCACGGGGCUCAGCGGUGAGUUUACCAUGUGAUGUAACUGCUUUGGUGUAAAGGUCUGAUUUCAUUUCAUUUCAUUUCAUUUUGGAAUGCAGAGCGACCAAGUUUAUUAGAAAUAUUGUGGGUGGGUACAAACGAUAAAAUACAUGCAGGAGUGGGAUUAAAUACAGUCCUGUGCACAGCUCUAGUAUGAAGUAAAGGUCAGUUAUAUACUUUUUUUUUUCCAUUCUGCUGUGAAAGUAGAUGGUUUGAUUUUAAAUAUGAAGUGCUGUUUUCAUAUCCUCUGUUCUCUUUUGUAAAUGAUGGUACCAAUAAAGACAUCCUAAAUA